UCUCGGAAGGCUCUAGGAUCUCUAUUCUCUCAGGCAUCUAAACACAAAAACUGUUCCGAGAUACCGAACUACAUUUCCCAGAAGGCCUUGGCUGCGGGGGACGGAAGUAGGGAGACUGUUUGCCCAGAUACAGGAGCGGUUGCCAUGGCAAUACCUGCGGACCUGAGGGACCUGCUAGGAUGGAGGGAGGAAAGCGAUCUCUCACGUGAUUUCCGCUUCCUCCUACCGUUCCUCGUGCUGUUUUUCGGUUCUCCGGGUCCCUUCCGAGCUUGGGGAGACACAGAGGAGGAUGGGGACGAAGCCGCCGCUGAGCCGGGAGGAAUCACUGACAUUCAAGGAUGUGGCUGUGGACUUUACCCAGGAGGAAUGGGAUCACCUGAACCCUUCCCAAAAGGAAUUGUACAGAGAUGUGAUGCAGGAGAACUAUAAGAAUCUGGUGUGCUUAGGACUUGCAGUUUCUAAGCCAGAGGUGAUUUACCAUCUAGAGCAAGGGGGAGUACCAUGGAGGGCUGAGGAGGAAGUCCUAAGAUGGAGUUGCCCAGUUUUGGACAACAAGCCUGAAGGCAGUGGAUCACCUCUAAACCUGAUCAUUUCACUGGAACGUUCAGCCCAAGAAAAGCACACAAGGCCUGGUCUCUCUACCUCCAAGACAAGUCGGACGGGAACGAAAUCCCAUAAAUGUAAUGAAUGUGGGAAGGCCUUCUGUAACAAGUCAGCACUCUCUCGACAUCACCUUAGUCAUACUGGAGAAAAACCUUAUGAAUGCUCUGAAUGUGGAAAAGCCUUCUCCCGGAAGGCAGGACUUGCUCAACAUCAUCGUCUUCAUACUGGAGAAAAACCUUACCAUUGUCUUGUAUGUGGGAAGACCUUCUCAUGGAAUGGUGAACUUACUCAGCAUCAGCGGAUUCAUACUGGAGAGAAACCUUAUGAAUGUAAGGAAUGUGGGAAGAACUUCCGACAAAGCACACAGCUUACACAACAUCGGCGUGUCCAUACUGGAGAGAAACCCUAUCGAUGUAAUGAAUGUGGGAAGGCCUUCCGUCUGAGCACACAGCUUACUAGACAUCAUACAGUUCAUACUGGAGAAAAACCUUAUGAAUGCAGUGAAUGUGGAAAGACUUUCCGCCAGGGUACACAGCUGACUCAGCAUCUUCGUAUUCAUACUGGAGAAAAACCUUAUGAAUGUAAUGAAUGUGGAAAGGCCUUCCACCUAAGCACAUUGCUUAUUCAACAUCAGAAAAUUCAUACUGGAGAGAAACCUUUUAAGUGCGGUGACUGUGGAAAGGCCUUCCUCCAGAGUAUGCAGCUUACUAGACACCAGAAAAGUCAUACUAAAGAGAGAUCUUAUGAAUGUAAAGAAUGUGGAAAAGCCUUUUCUCAGAAGGCAGAACUAACUUUACAUAAACGUGUUACUCAUACAGGAAAGAAAUCUUAUGAAUGUAAGGAAUGUGGGAAGGCCUUUCACCUGAGGACAUUGCUUAUUCAACAUCUCUAUGUUCAUAGUGGUGAGAAACCUUAUGAAUGUAAUAAAUGUCGAAAAUCCUUCCACCGAAAGACACUACUUAUUCAACACCAACGUAUUCAUAUUGGAGAGAAAUUUUAUGAAUGUCUUGAAUGUGGAAAGUCAUUUACCUGGAGUGGAGAACUUACUCAGCAUCAGCGUAUUCACACUGGAGAGAAACCUUAUAAAUGUAAUCAAUGUGGGAAGACCUUUCGACAGAGCACUCAGCUUACUCAACAUCAGCGUAUUCAUACUGGAGAGAAACCUUAUGAAUGUAAUGAAUGUGGGAAGUCUUUUUACCUGAGCACACAGCUUACUCGACAUCAUACAGUUCAUACUGGAGAAAAACCUUAUGAAUGUAAUGAAUGUGGAAAGACCUUCCGCCAGUGCACACAACUUACCCAACAUCAACGUAUUCAUACUGGAGAGAAACCUUAUGAAUGUAAGAUAUGUAGGAAGGCCUUCCGCCUAAGCACAAUGCUUACUCAACAUCAGAGAAUUCAUACUGGAGAGAAACCUUAUGAAUGCAUUACAUGUGGGAAAACCUUCCGACAGAGCACACAACUUGCUAGACAUCAAAAAAUUCACACUGGAGAGAGAUCAUAUGAAUGUGGUGAAUGUGAGAAAGCCUUCUCUCAGAAAGCAGAACUUGCCAUACAUAAACGCAUUCAUACUGGAGAGAAACCUUAUGAAUGUAAUAACUGUGGAAAGACCUUCCGUCUCAGCACACUGCUGACUCGACACCAGCGUAUUCACACUGGAGAGAAACCUUACAAAUGCAAUGAAUGUGGGAAAGCCUUCCGCCUGAGUACACAGCUUAUUAGACAUAAGAGAAUUCAUACUGGAGAGAAACCCUACAAAUGUAAUGAAUGUGGAAAGGCUUUCCGUCUGAGGGUGCUGCUUAUUCAACAUCAGAAUAUUCAUACUGGCAAGAAACCUUAUAAAUGUAAUGAAUGUGGGAAGGCUUUCCGACAGAGAACACUGCUUACUCGACAUCAGAGAAUUCAUACGGGGGAGAAACCUUAUAAAUGCAAUGUAUGUGGGAAGACCUUCAGCCAGAGUGCACAUCUUACCCAACAUCAAACAAUUCAUACUGGGAAAAAACCUUAUAAAUGUAGUGAAUGUGGAAAGACCUUCCGCCUGAGUGCAUUGCUUAUUCAACAUCAGCAUGUCCAUACUGGCGAGAAACCUUAUAAAUGCAACAAAUGUGGAAAGGAAUUUCACAAGACCAUACAACUUAGGAGACAUCAGUGCUCAAGAGGAAAUUUAUGAAUGCAAUGACUGUAAGAAACCCUUCACCAUUUGAUCAUCUCCCACCCCAUAAUUCAUACUAAACAUAAACCUUGCGAAUAUAGCAAAUAGAAAAAACUUCUUUGUGAACAUUUGUCUUCUUCAACAUAAUAGGAUCAUACUGAAGGCAAAUCAUAUAUUCUGUUAGGACACACACCUCUGUAGCCUCUCUAACCUCUUUAAGGAGUAGGCUUCUUAAGCAAGUGAGAGACUUAUGUCUCUAUCUAGGAAUCCAUAAUCUGGCCCCACCUAUCAGGCAGACAGGAAGAUUAUUGUUUUAUUGGAGGAGAAAUGCUACUCAUGUUGGAUUAUAUUGGUGUGAUCUUGAAUAUCCUAAGAAUUCUUGAGUGUCAGCAAAAAGAUCAGCACUAUGGAUCUGAUAUGUAUGUAUGUAUAUAACUGCCAAAUAAUAGUGGAGUAGCAAUAUUGAUUGGAAUCAGCUCUAUCUUAUUCAAUAUAUUGACAGUGUUAAAGGCUCCAAACCAGUCAAUACCUGAAUACCCUGAUGAAGCAUACCUCUUAAUUAAAAUUUUUCAGAAAGAUAAGAGGCCAAAUGUGGCAGAAAACUUCAAAAAAACAGACACAGAAACAUUCACCUCAAAAGCAAGAUAUAAGGAAUUAAAAUUUUAGUGACUUUUUAAUGUCUGUGUAAUAGAAGGAUCCUCUGAGAAAGAAAUUCAGCAUGAACAAAUGUUCUCAUUACAGAAGUAAAAUGGAGGACAUAAUCAAAUGUCUUCUGAUGUUUUAAAAAAUGAUCUUGAAAUACUGCUUUUUAUGAGAUGGAAGACAUGAGGAACAGAACUGUUAUGUCAAUGGAAUUCUACAAAAACUAGUCCUCCAAAAAAUUGGUGAUCUGAGUGUGCAUGGAUUAUUGGACUUUGAAGGAAGAAACUAAGAGAAGUAAGGUAGAUCAGUAUGCAAUGCUAUGAGUUCAAGAUACUCCAAAUGUGGCAGUUAAUAUCAGAAAUUUAUGAAGAAUUAUGCCAUCAUCGUUAAACUUCUCAAUGAUCUUGUUAGGUAUAUGAUUAAAAUGAAUAGAAAGCAGGAGGACAAUAAGGCCCAGUGUGGCAACAUUUAAAUACUGUUGGGAUGAGAAAUAUGAGCAAGCUUUCAAACAAAAGUCAUGUUUCAUGUAACAUCACAUAUGCACUUUUGUUGGCUUUUGGAAACCUAAAGAAGUCCUUUGUUACAUAAUUGUGCCAACUUAGAAGUCCUGGAAAUCAUUUUAUUCAAGAAGAGCAGUAGUAAACCAGAAUCGACUGUAUAUGCUAAAUGAGGACUUACUGAGUGUAAGAUGUGCUCGUAUAUAAAUUGGAAUUCUUGCCUAUGAAAUGACUUUGAUAAGUAUUCAAACUGUGUGGCCCCAUUGCACAGAAAAUAAUCCAUCAUCUUAAUGUUUUUGUAAAUGCUAUAUGAUAUAUGUCUACCAGGGUUUAAUAGAUAUAUGAAAAUAGACUGGACUAAAUGUCAUUGGCUCCACCUACUUACACAGUUUCAGAAAAUGGCAUCCCUUGAAUGAAUUUUAUGGACUUAAUUUAGCCGGGGGGUCCUAGUGGGAGUUGAAAGCAAUAUACUCACACCCCCACUUUAACAUCUGAGUUCAAAGGAGUAGAAAUCAAAAGGGAGUGGAAAACAAAUUAAUUUAAGCCUUAGAUUUCUGUGGACUGGCUUAAGUAUCUAAAAGUUUGAUUCACAAAUGACAAAAUAACUUCUGAAGCUGUAAACCAGAAGAGCUGAGGUACCAGCCCUUAGAAAGGAGGCCACUGUGGUCCUGCCUUUCAUUGAAGAACCAGAAGUUGGCCACCAGAACAAUAAUACAAUUUCAUCAUUGGUACCAGAGGAAGGCCAAAUCACUGAGGGGAACAGCCCAUAUUUUGUCUAAAGAGUUCAUUUUGUUUCAGGACUAUCACACCUUGUUCAAGAAAGAAUAGAGUUUAAUUCCCUUUAUCUCCCCUGAUGUGGUGAAUAGAUUGCUGCUCUUAAAAUCUGGAAAAUUUGGGUUCAAAUUCUGUCUCAGUCAUUCAUUAACUAUGGGACUCAAAGCAAAUCACAUAACCUCACCUAAUCAUACUACUUCAUGCUGCUUCUUCUUGAUAUUUGUUCUUCAUCCUCAUAGAGACCUCCAUUCCCUCUACUCCUCAAUACUUUUUCCAGUCCAUUUCCCUUCCUCAGAUUCCACUUUCUACCUGUUCCAAACUCAACCCAAUCGUUAAGUCAUUUCAACUCUACAUUAUCCCCUGCCUUACUGGCUUGUUCUAUACAUGGUUCUUUUGUCAAACUCCAUCCUUGUAUUAUUCCCACUGAUCACCUACUCAGCAGUCACUGAAGGAAGUCUCAUAGCUAUGUUGACUUUAAAUCCAUGUUAUCAAUUUUCAACUGGACCCUCAUUACAGCAAGGCAGUCCUUUUAUUGUUCCCCAGUAUCUCACUAUAGAAACAAAAGUUUCUAUAGAAACUUUUCUGAUCUUUCUCUUUCCUCCUCAAAUCCCCUGUUUUUUCUAUUUCUUUUGUCAGCUGUGAAUCUUAUCUCUUUAAUUUGAAAAUGAAAGUCCUUCAUUUAAUUUUCUUCAUCUCAGCAACCCUUGACAUCAUUGGCCCCUCUGUUCUUUUCUCUGUUUCCUACAAAGAAGGGUCCCUGCUUGCCAGAACCAAUCCCAUCAAUAUGUGUUUGAUUCCAUUCCCCUUUAAAGAGAUUAAAAUUGCACCCUAAAUCUCUUCUUUCCCUUAGCUGCUGGCUCCUUCCUGAUUACCUUCAAGUGCUCAAGUCUGUCCUGUUCUUAAAAAAAAAUCUUUACUAAAUCCUGUCAGUCCCUUAAGCUAUUAUUCUGUAUCUCUUCCCUUUCUCAGCCAAAUUCCUUGAAAAAGUGUCUGUACUCAUUGACUCCCAUUUCCUCUCCUCUUACUCUUUAAUCUUUUUGACCUCAUCCCUCAACUAAAAUUUCUCUCUGUAAUUCUAAUCUCUUAAUUGUCAAGUCUGAUAGAUUCACAAAACCUAUUUAUUGCAUUUGGCUCUUCUAACAACUUUCUCUUUCUGGGUACUCUUGUUUUUUCUAGCUUUUAUUGUCACUUCACUCUCAUGCAUAUCCUCUUUCAGUAUCCUUUAAUGGCUCACCAUCCCCAUCACAACUCCUAACCUCUGAUAGUUUCCUAAAUUCUAUUAUGAAUAUGCCUUUCCUUCAUCCUCUGUGUUCUCACUAAGUAACGAGUGUACCUAGAUAAACUAGGUAACUAGAUAUACAUCUAGUCCCAGAGUCUCCCUUGAGUUUCUGUCCAACAUCACUAGUUGCCUUUUAGACAUUUCAAAUCAGAUAUCCCCAGAGACAUCUUUAACCCAACUUAUUUAAAACAUAUUGAACUUCUCUUUCUCCCUCCACCCUCCAUCGUGACAUUCUGAAAUAGUCCACUCUCCCUCACCCCAUAAAUCCAAUGAAUUGCCAAGUCUUACAUUCCUAUCUUUACUACAUCAGAGCCCUUUUCUCUAUUCACAGAGAUACCACCUUAGUUCAGAGUUGUCCCUCUUCGUUUCUUGUAAUGUAAAAGUCCCUUAACUCGUCUUUUAGCUUUAAGACUUUUCUUAUCUCCGUCCAUAUUACAUUGUUGUUAAAGAAUUUUCCUAAAGGCAAUAUUGGCCAUGUGACUCUCCUUAACCAAAUCUAGUAUCUUCCUAUUGCAUCUAGUAUAAAAAAACAAACUCUUCUGUUUAGCUUUUAAAAACCCUUCACAUCCUGUCCUCAACCUCUAUUUCACAUUUCCCUGAACAUUAUUCUUCGUCUUCACUGUGUGGUCUAGCCAGAAUGACCUUCUCUUUUCUUCACUCACUGCACUCCAUCUCUAUUCUCCAUGCCUUUUUAUCAGUCAUCCUCCAUAGAUGGAAUUCACUGUUUCCUCACCUCUGCUUCAGAAUCCCUAUUUUUCUAUAAGGUACAGCUCAAGCAUCAUCUGCUGUCCAGAGUCUUUUCUGACUCCCCCAGCUGUUAAUGUCUUCUCUUUCAAAUUGGUUGUAUUUAACUGCUUUCCAUGUGCAUAUUAUUUCUUAACUUUAUAUUUAUGCUGUAUAUAUUUGUGUGUUGUGUCUUGUAUAAUGUAAAGUCAUCAAGAUUUAAGUAUUGUUUUAUUCUUUGUGCUUGUAUAUCUAGUACCUGGCAGAGUGCUUGUUACAUAGGAAUUGUUUAAUAAAUAGUUAUUGAUUGAUGGA